AACUCAAAAGAGAGACCAAGAAGUCAGGAAGUCAGUAAGGGAAGUUUGGUGGUUUCUUGCGUCACAGAUGCUCACUGGGGCUGAUUCUUGUGCCGGUGGAGCGAAAAGGCCACAAGCAUCCAGCUCCAGGGCAACAGACAAUCAUUCAAUAAAAUCAGAUUUGAGUGAAAUAGGAGAUUUGCAGUGUAGUGAUACAGAAUGUAGCAGAAGCAUAACUGUGUGAUAAACCUAAUUCAAAUUUGUUAGAGGUCAGAUACAAAAACAACGCUGCUUAUUCUAACACACAAUAAUCAUCAUGAGUGGUUUAGGUGUCACGUAUCACUAAGAGCACGACAGCAAACACAUACACACACACGCACACACGUCUGGAUGUAAAAGUGGUGGUUGAAACGGUGCAUAAUGAAGAGAGGACGAAGAAAAGGUGGGAGUAAAGACAAGGUGUUUGGCUGUGACCUGGUGGAGCAUUUAGCUGCGACCAGUCAAGACAUUCCUCAGGUACUCCGUAGCUGCAGUAUAUUCAUUGAAGAGCAUGGCAUUGUUGACGGGAUCUACAGAUUGUCUGGCGUGUCAUCCAACACACAGAAACUAAGGUCCGAGUUUGACAGUGAGGGGUCUCCAGACCUGUAUAAAGAUGUCUAUCUGCAGGACAUUCACUGUGUCAGUUCCCUCUGUAAGGCAUACUUCAGAGAGCUGCCCAACCCACUGCUCACAUACCAACUGUAUGACCACUUUGCUGAAGCUGUGGCUGUUCAGUUAGAGGAUGAGAGACUGGUGAAGAUCAAGGAAGUGCUAAAAGAGCUGCCACAGCCCCAUUUUCGGACUCUGGAAUAUUUAAUGAGACACUUGGUCCGGAUGGCUACUUAUUCUAAUCAGACCAACAUGCAUGCCAGAAAUCUUGCCAUUGUGUGGGCUCCCAAUCUCCUCAGAUCAAAGGAUAUUGAGGCAUCUGGUUUUAACGGCACUGCGGCUUUCAUGGAGGUGCGAGUCCAGUCCAUUGUGGUGGAAUUUAUUCUGACUCAUGUGACUCAGCUGUUUCCUGAAUCAGAUCCUGAACCAGGACCAACUUCAGAACGCAGGAAGUCUCUCCCUUCGCCAUCCAUACUGUCCAGCCAGGAAGACCACUUCUUUAAGGCCUUGCCUUUUCCAUUUCCAGGCAACAUGAGUCCUGGAGACGGUCCUCCACAGAUGAGACCUUACCAUGCCAUCAUCGAUGGCACAGACAAGAGGAAGGGAUCACUGAAAGGCAGAAAAUGGAAAUCUAUCUUCAAUUUAGGUGGGAGACUUCAUGAUCCUCGCAAAAAGAAGUAUGCACCCAAGGAGAAAGAGAAGACCACACUAAGGCCUGCUAAAAGUAUGGAUUCUUUGAGCUCAGGACCUUACACAAAGGAAGAUUCCAGGCACGGUUCUCCACACCUAUCUCCAUUAGCCAUUCCCUCUGGAACUGCAGAAGGUGGGCCUGGUGGGGGUGUGGCUAGUGGAUAUGCGGUGACAUACAGGCGCACGGGUGGGGCUAGUGUGAGUAUGGUGAGCGGAGGGGGCGGGGCUCAGGGCACUUACAGGAGCCUGGAUCCAGGGGCCGGGGCCAACACAGACAAAUCACAGACUCCAUCUCUAGCGACGCCCAGCAGGGCAGAGCGCCGUGCAGGAAUGCACAUUUCUGGGCCUUUUUCAGUGACCGUUCCUCUUCAUAUAACCUCGGGACUGGCGCUGGGGGUAUUACAGGGAGGAAGAUCUGAGGAGGAAGAACCUAGGCAGGGGCAGAAUGAGGAGGAACAGCCGAAGAAAGACAAGCAGGAGAGUGCUGAAGAGAAAGAAACAGAAUUGGAUGAAGAGAAAGUUCAAACAGAUAGGAAGACAGGAAGUCUGAAUGACAACAAGGAGAAGAAGGUGGAUAACAUGAGUAAAGGAGAUGGGGAGACAGAAGUUAAAAUAGAAGACAGAGAACCAGAGGAUGCCAAGCCUGAGGAGAAAGAAGAGUUUGGAGAUAAAGACAAAGAGGAUCAAUGUUUGAGUGAGGAAGAAGAGUCAAAUGAGAGACAACAUGCCACAGAUAGACCUUCACUCAGUGAAGACAUGGAUGGAGAAGACUACAUGGUCAUGAAAGGAGGAGUGGUACAGUGUCCUGAAGGAGAUGAUAGUCAAAAUGAGAGCCUCAGUCUCUCACCUCAGGAAGAAGAGUACCCUGACCAUGACCUUCCUCUGGAUUUCCAGGACACUUUUGGAUUCUUGGAUCUGAUGGAUAUGCCCACCUCAAAUCAGUUAAAUGAGUUCUCAGUGGAGCCCCCUGCUUUUGAAAUGGAAGAGGAUGAAGAGGAAGAUAAGCAGAGUCCAUCACAGAGCCACUUUCAUAUGGAAACCUCCCCGUUGAACUUGCUGGCUCACACAAGCAGGGCACUGUCAAACAAAUCACACAGCCUUCCUUAUAAAUCCUAUCCUUUCCAGCCAGAUCUAUCCUUUUCUUCUGAUGAAGACUGUUACUCAGGGCCUAGCGAAGGUGAAGAUAGCAGUGAUUUGGAGAAGGGUGAAUAUGAGGACAUGUUCACUAAAAGUCUACCUUCUGCUACCCAUUUGAACUGGGUGAACCCCCGGAUCAUCAUAUUAGACUCUGACAGCAAUGUAGAUUCUCACAGCAAGGACCAGCCCGAGUGCUUAAAUCAGACUCACACCGUACCCGAGGACAUUCAAGAUUCACCCCCUGCCAGUCAAUCAACUGUUACAGAAAUGACAGCUGCUGAUCAGUGCUUAAAUGAAAGGGAUCUCAGCCUACUUCCUUUAGAGACAGAGCAUUCAAAUGUGGAGAAGAAGAAUGAAGACAGAAGCACAGAGAAUGAUGGAGAAGAUAAAAGUGGCUCGGAAGAGCUUAGGAAUGUAAAUGAACCAAUUCAAGAGGAAAAUAAAAAGAUGGAAAGUACUGACAGCAAAGACGAAACACUCACCUGCAGUCACAAAGACAGUCAUUCUGCAGAAGAUGAAAACCAAGAGGACACUUAUUUUGGUCCAGACUCACCUUCAUCCACAGUGGAACCAAGCAACAGUGGAGCCGUUGAGACAUCCUGCACAACUGAUCCUGUUAUCAGUGAGGAACCUGCAAGCUCUGAUGAUCAACAGGAGAGUAAUGAUAGUUAUGUAGACGUUGCAGAAAGUGAGACUAUAAUAGACACAACAAGCCCUGAACUACAGACAACUCAAAAUAAAACUGAGACUGACAAACUCUCAGUGAAAGCAGAAAUAAUUAUGCAUACCAACAUGCAAGAACAGACAGAUGGGAAUGAUCUGGAAGGGGUGGUGCUGAGUGAGGAAAGGGAAGUUGGUGAGAAGGGAGAGGAAGGGAAAGAUGCAAGGGAGACAGAAGAAAAGACGAUUAUAAAGGGAGAGAGUACAGAAAGUGAGCACACUGAGGGAGAGAAGAAUGAUGAGGGUCUUACAAAUCAGGUAGAUGUGGAUAAGAUGGCAAAAGGAAGUGACAUGGUUCCACAAGAGGAGCAGACAUAUUUAGAGAAUAAGAGGGAAGAUGCAGAUGUUGAAAAGCAAAAGGAAGGCAGUGACAGAGGGGAAGAGAAUGAUCAGGAAAUGGAGGAGGAUGACGUAGAGGAGGAAAUUGAGCCUCAGAAAGACUAUCAUUUAGAAGGCAUUGCAGAACUAAAAGAAGGAAGUGUUCCUGAAGAGCUGAGUGAAGACGAUGACAGGCAUUCGGAGGAUGGCGAGGAACGACAGAGCGAAAAUGAGAAGGAGAGCAUGAGAGAGGAGAAACAUGAAGAUCCUUCUACAUCAGAGAGGAAGAAACCACUGAGACCUCCAAGAAUGAAAGAUAGAGAUGGAGGAAGAGGUGCAGGGCUUGGGCUAGGCGUGGGCAGGACAGUGAUUAUAUCCAAACACAAAAUGUACCAAGUGAAAGCUGUUCCUGUUGUACCGCCUAAACCACAGCAUUCCAAAAUCACAGCUUUCAGACAACAGUUUCAACAGAGAGACCCCGAGAGACAACAGAAACCCAUACAGCCAACAUGUACCGAGAGACAACAUACAGACAGAGGGCUUCUGAAGAAAGAAACCGAAAAUGAAGAAAACAGGCAUGCAGAAAUAGAGGACGUAGCACAAAACCAUGAUAACCACGACGCAGAGCCAGAAAAAGGGACAGGGACAGACAAGGAGAGGCCGGAGGAAGACAAGGCAUGUCAGGCAAAAAAACAGCUGAAGGACACAAAGUCAUGCCAUAGUUUGGAAGGGGAGAUAGAACAGGAUAGAGAAGAACAGAAGCAAAGGAGAGGGACCUGGGAUGGAGGGAGUUUGAGAAAGGAUGGAACGAAGGAGUUAGACAAGGAGGCCAAACGAACCAGCGGCAUUAGCAUGUGUUUUGAUGAAGCUGUCGCAAGGGCAACAGGUAAAAGAUACAGAGAGAAGGAAUCUAAUGAAAAAGACAGAGUAGUUGAUUUACAAUGGGAAAGGAGUGAGCAGAAAGAGGGACUGAACCAGAGAAAGAAAGAGGAAGAAGAAGAAGAGAAAACUGACUGACAUAAAAAAGUGUAGGAAUAUGAAUGUGUAAAAUAGGAUGUUUAUAGCUUUUUUCCCCACAAAUUGGACAAAAAAAAAAAAAAGAAAAAGAAAAAAAAAAGGU